GGUGUUAGAACAGGACAUAUAACUGCUUAUCCAGUUCCUCAUCUCUUAAAGAAACCAACAAAAGCUUUUGUUUGAGUAAGCCUGAUUCUCUUAUCACAUGAUUUGACCUGUUUUGUGGCAUUAUGAUAUAUACUCUGGUGGUGUCUUUUAUCAACACGAGGCAAUGCUUGUUCAUCUGGAUAACCGGCUAAAUUGUGAGAGUAACCAGUUCAGAUUUAUAAAACAACAAAAACCACAACAGAUUCUAAUCAAAGUCAAUGCUUUUAUUACAUGAGAAGUUCAUGAUCAAAGUCCAGUUAUCAACACAGGCUUUAUAGCAUUGAUCCCCAAUAAAUGAGAGUUAUCACAUUUACGACUUUAAUUUAACUAUCUCUACGUUCAUUUCUGUUAUUGAUUUAGUUUUGGUACAACAUAAUUCGAGGCAGGCUGUAAAAUUGUUUUAAUUAAGGUGCUGGCUUGGAAUAUAUCGAUCGAAGAGUACACGAUUACACGUAUUAGUGAAAUGAGAAUCAUAUAUAACAUUACAAAUGCGCUACAAAGACAGCAUUAACGAAUUUUAUAUUAAUUUAAGCAUACGGUUAGCUAGCAAAAAUUAGGAGACCGUUAACAACUUUUCCAAUUAAAACCGUUAAUUGAUAGAUUAAGGAAAAAGAUAAAUGCUUUUCAGAAAGAGAUGAGCAUUCUAGAAUUAUUUUGUUUUUAAUUGGUUGUGCAGGGUCUGUUUAUACCAUAUAAAACACAUCAACUAGAGUUUGAGGGUUUUUGUUUAUUUUAUAAAUGUAGAACUUUGAUAUUACUGUAAACGUUUUAACUUAUAGUUUACAUUUUAAUGUAAUAUAUUGUGUAAUUCUAUAAUCUUAUUAAUUAUCUUUCUUAUCUGACAUUAUUUUAUAAUAGUGCAUUAAGUUUGUUAAAAUGCAUUACUGUAUAAAAAAUAGUUGAUUUAUUUGGUAAAUAUUUUUAUAUUUUUUCAACCUAUUUAUUAUAAUUAAAAAAUUAAAAUUUAUAGUUAAAUUGGUUUGUUUGUUAAUAUUUUAAAUGAAUUAUUAAAAUUUAGAGUUUUCUAAUAGCAUGUUUGUGAAUAACACAUAUGAACUAAAGGUUAGUUAUAUAAUUUAUAUUUUGUUAUAAUCAUUUUAAUAAUUGUAUAUUUUUUUGAGUCUCAAAAAAGAUAAUAUAUAAUUUUAGAUAUGAAAGUUUAACAAAUGUUGACAAUUUUAUUUUUUAUAACAAAUGUACAAAUUUUAACACUUAUUUAACAGUGAUUGAUAUUUAUUUAUUUAUAUAAAUGAAAGCAUUUUUAAAAAAUGGGUUAAUUUACCAAUUUAAUACAAAUUUGUUAUAUUUAUUUCAUAUAGUACUUCUAUUUUAAUAUCAAUAAACUAUAAUUAUAAAAUUUAUAAAAGAUAGCAUAUAAUCUUAUUCUUGUUUCUAAAAUUGUACUUAAAAUCAUUAUAAUAGUAUUAAUUACAAAAUUAAAUAAUGCAUUAUUUUAUAAAAACAUUGAAAUUUUAUAAUUAGAUUUUGUUAGAUUUUCCUCAACUGAUUUUGUUUGAACUAAAAAUAAAUAAAUUUAUAGUUAAAAUUGAUUCAAUAAGAUUUAAAAAAAAUUAUAUAUUUGAUUGAUAAAAGUAAAUAAUAAAAAAUGUCAUAAUAAUAAAUCAAUGAAAUGGUCCUCCUAUGACUUUUGCCUAGUAGAUUAUUUUGUGCUUCUCUUUUGACAGAGAAAUGUAUCUCAAAGUUAAAAUCCAAUGCCAUCAAAAUUAGUUUAUAGUAUACACAACAAGAUAGUGCGGUUAGAGUACUUUAAGUCAACCUAGUCGAAGUAUGUAGAACAUUUUCAUACUCGCAUAUUACAUCCUUUUUUUUUAUUAUUAUACAUAGACACUUUGGCUCACCAAAAUGGGUCCAGACUAGCUCGAAAGAGCAUUUGCCCCCACGGAUGAUUCUUUAUCGCCAAUAAUGUUCAAAUGUUAAUUUUCCGGUGGCCGAAACUCCAAUCCAGUUGACUUCCCGUAUUAGAGUCGAAACUCCCUUGAAAACAAGUUUUUAAACAUAUUCCAUCUAAAUGAGACAUUUUAAGUUUUUUUUUUGUCAAUGCAUUAUAAGUUCUAACAUAAAUAUAUGAUCACCACAAUAAUUGUUAAGCCUCCAAGGUUCUUAUAUUAAAUGUAUAGUUAAAUAGAUAAUAUAUAUGCGUGUGUAUAUGUAUUCUUAUAUUGUAGUAAGUCAAUCUAAAAUACAAAGCUAUAUGGUGUACGUACGUUUUACAUUUCACAGACCGUCUCCGGUGGCUUAAAUUUCUCGAAACCAGACGCGUGUUGAAUCCAUAUAUAUCUUUAUGCACAUUCUCAUAAUAUAUAAACCAAUUACGUGGCAAAGAUUAUCAACCUUGGUUAGCUUUUAACCACGACACUUUUUCUAUAAUAUUUGACCUUGGCUAUUGUUUAUAUUGUAUAUAUUAUAUAUACUAGUUGAAUUCGAUCGUGUGCAGUAUGCUAGUAAGUGUAUAUAAUUUACAUUUUAAUGAAACAAAGGUCAAAUGCAUGCGAGUGGGAUUUGAUCCGUACCGGAUAUUAUGCGGAUUACGUGCUCGGAAUUUCAUAUUUUCUAAUGUUAAGGUUUUGACAUUCCAUAAGCUUACCAUUGCUUCAUCAAGAAUAAUUUCUUUUACCAAAGUAGCUAUGCUCUAAUCAAAAGUUAGGUCAACUUCAUUUUCGUUAUGUGUAUAAUUAUCAGUUGUCAUUUAGAGCACCGCAUACGUUGUUUAAUCAAAGUUACUCAUUAAUAUAUAUGCAUAUUUAAAAUAAACGAUUAUUUAAAUCUUUUCAUGAUACUAUUAUGAAAUAUAUGUGGAUGUCAUCUAAAAUGUUUAUGCAUUGUCUCGUCUUACUAUCGCGAUUGGAUACAUGAUAAAAGGAGUUGGACCACGUGAUGUAUAAUAUAUUUCUAUGUUUAUAAGCUAGUUGGUUAGAUUAUUAUAUAUACUCGUAGCAUUUCCAUAAAGCUGAGUCUAAGGUAAAGGUUUUAAAAGCUAAAGCUAAUUUGUAUAUUGCUAAAAUAAUUAUGCCACAAUUCAAUAGUAUAUAUAUAACUUUUGUAUAAAGACGUGACAAUUUUAAUGGGAUCUCAUAUUUUAUGUAUGAAAGUAAAAUCUUCUUAAAAAGUUUUAUUGUCGCUACAAGAGAAAGUUUAAUUAGAAUGAUUUUCCAGUUCACUAAAAUAGAAACUAUGUAGAUAACAUUUGGUUUGUAAGAUAUUAUUUGAAAGCCUGUAUAUUAAAUCUUAUAAUUAAAUUAUAAAGUCUGGUCUCUCCAGAUUUCUUAUUAAUGGAAUGCUGAGCUCAAUCGAAAACAAAAGCACAUCAAAUUAAAAUACAAUACUAGUUGAGCACGUCAACACAACUUAUACGCUAAUAUAAUGAUCGAUCCAGAUACUUCAUGAUGGUGGCGCAAACCAUAAAUCAUGUUUUUUUACUGAUAUAAAUCAUAAGUUAAUAGCCCAGUAUUCUCAUUUAACGCACUACAAUGGUAAACGAUAUUCAUUUCAUAUGAACUAUUUGUUUAUUACAGGAACAGAUGCUUGUCAUGUGCACAUUAGCUUAUAUCUCAUCUUAAUAUGUGAAUUCGUUCAUUAGAUAUAUAAAUAGUUAUCUGUUUUCUCUGCUAAUGUACGGGAUCAAAUUUCAUCCCAGCAUAUAGCUGAAAGUCGAUGUAAAAUUAAUAUUUUGGUUGCGUAACCUAUAAAGAUUCUACUAUAAAGGCCUAGCUAGCAUUACUCAUCAAAAUACUUUUCAUAUUGCAACAAUAAUGUUAUUAUAUACUUCCUCCGUUCCAUUAAAAUAAACUUUUUAGAAAAAAAAUUUGUUACACAAAAAUAUAUUUUUUGUAUUUUUAUGAAACAAUUGUAAACUUAUUAUUGGUUAAAAGUUAUUGAAAAUUAAAAAUUACAAAAAAUACAUUUAUUAUGUUAGUUUAAUGUGUUUUCUUAAUAUAUGUGAAAUACUAAAAAAUCUAUAUUUUUAGAAUGGAGGGAGUAUUUCUUAAUACAAUGAGCUGACGAAACAAAAUUGAAUUACUAGAGACUGAUGAAAUAGACCACUUAGAGCAUGAUUAACCCCGGUCUCUUAGCCGGGGUUCUUAAUUCAAGAUUGACAUUUUUUAUUUUUCUAUACUUUUCGGCUUAAAGACGGUUUUUAUAUCUCUUAUUUAAGAGACGUUCUUAGCUUUUCUUAGUUAAAAUCUAAGAAAAACUAAAAAUCGUCUCUUAGCCGAAGGUAAAAAUCCCAGUUAACAGACCGGAGUUAAUUAUGGUCUUAUAAUUUACAAAUCACUGUACUAGUCCUAAAGAUCAGAUAUGAUAUAAUAAUCCCAUCAAUCUCAAGCAUACACAUAUGCACAUACAUAUGGUAGUCUGAGCAUGAGAAGUUCUUUUUACAGUAUUUGGAACAGUAGUGAAGUGUAUUUUGAUGAUGAUAUCAUGAUCAUAAUAACGAUGAUUGGACGUGAUCAUAAUACACUAUAGGAAACUAGGAAUCAUACAUUUUUAAGCUCCAAAAUCAAUUCAAAAUUGAUAAACUGACUUGUAUUGUAUAUAUUAUGCUAGAAGCAUCUCUACUUCUAAUGCGUGAGAUAUUCUAAUAUCAGGUCCAUGUUGGAAUAUUAAUCAAUUGGUUUUAUUUUAAGAAUCAUGGGUUUCCACCUUAAUACAAUUGAUAGUAAAUUGAAAAAUGUCUUUUCUAUAUAGUUGUAUAUAGGAGAAUCUAACAUGAAUGAUUUUAAGGGGAAGAAGAUAGAGUGGUUUCACCGUGAGUUCCAAAGUAGACAAAACUAAAUCAAUGAUAAAAAUGAAGAUGGUGAUAACUAAUUACAUUCACAGCAUACUAUAUUAUGCUUAUAUAAGCUUCACAUACACACAUCCAUAGUGACACAGAAUCUUAAAAUAGCAUGUAAUAUAUUAGAGUUAAGGGGUAUAGUCAAGUGCAAGGACAUCAUAGGACAUAUACAUAUACUCAUACUACACAUACACAUACAUACACAUCUACAUAUAUAGAGAGGACCAUAUGUUGGAUCACUUGUAUAAAAAGGUGAUAAGAGAGACUAAAGUUGAUAAACUCAAUAAGAAGAGAAAAAAAUGGCCGAUGAAGAUAGAUUGCUACCAAUAGCCAAUGUAGGGAGACUUAUGAAGCAGAUCCUACCAUCAAAUGCAAAGAUCUCAAAAGAAGCAAAACAAACAGUUCAAGAGUGUGCAACAGAGUUCAUCAGCUUUGUUACCUGCGAAGCCUCAGACAAGUGCCACAGGGAGAAUCGAAAGACGGUGAAUGGAGACGACAUCUGGUGGGCUCUAAGUACUCUAGGCCUCGAUAACUAUGCUGACGCCGUGGGGAGGUAUCUUCACAAGUACCGCGAGGCCGAGCGAGAAAGAGCUGAAAACAACAAAAGCAGCAACGAUAGUGGAAAUGAGAGAGAACCAAACAUCACAAGUGGUUAUAGUAGAGUUUUGGAGAAAGGAAGCAGCUCUUCGGCUCGUUGAGAUAAAUCUAUGUGACCUGAAUCAUGUACUAUUAAGCCAAGAAAGAUCUGUAGAGAGAAGAAUAAGAGGAUUAUAUAAUGUUAAUGCUGAAUCUUUAUUACAUUGUAUAUGUUUACAUUUGCUUUAUAAAUGUAAUUUUCUACACAUAAAUAAAGCUAUGAGAUUUCUUCUUCAAAGAAAAUAUUGAACCAGUGGAGAGGUGAGAAAGACAGCAGAAACAAGGCUCAAGCUAGCAAGAUGAUAUUCUUUUUUAUAAAUCUUAGGUAUGAAAAGUAGUAAGUUAGUAAGAAAAUAAGAGGUUUAUAAUGCGUCUCACCCCAAAGAUCGAUCUAAGGAUGCAUCCAUGAAAAUAAAUAGGAAAAAGGGAAGAGUUUUAUGUGUAUAUAUCACAAUGCAUAGAUCGAUGUACUGUCUUUUUCAGUGGCUUGAUCUAUGAUAAUGUUCAUCCCCAUAUGCUGUUUGAGCCUGAGGCUAAUGUAAACCAAGAUAAAGGAGGAUUAAAACAUAACCAUUUUCUUAACAUUUUUACCCAAAAAAAAAAAAAAAACAUAACCAUUUAAAUGAGUUCUUAUUAGAAAUGGGAUUCUUGGUGAGUUCUGGUGAAGUCAGAACGUAAUUAGUUCAUAUUAAUGGGCAAAGCACCAAAAAAAAAUUUUUUAGUUCAAGUCAAUAUUUUUUUCUUUGCCAAAGAAAAAAAACAGCCAAUCAAACCUAGCACAACCAUUCGGGAGAUGGGCUUGUUUUGUUUGUCGCAAAGCUGAAUAGUCAAAACGGUCUAGGGUUUGCGUAGAGAGGGUAUUAGGUCCAGAAUUCAAAAAAAAUGACCCCAAGAUUUUAAGGACCACCACCUCAUGGGUACGCUAAACCUAAAAUUAUAUAUAAUUUUUUUCAAGAUUUGUAUAUCUUAUGACAUGCUCGCUUUAUGGUUAUCUGCAAAUCGGGUGAUUUUAAAUCAUCAAAUAAGAAAAAGAAAUUUAGAAAAAUUUCAUCAAAGAAAGAUGCAGCCAAUAGUUUAUGUAGAGUUUUCUUGGGACCACUUCUCAACUAUGUUAUGUUCUUGCUCUAAUCAACUAAAAUUGAACAUUUAACAUAUAUAAGAGAUUAGUUCGAAGAGACAAAAGCUGAUAUCACAAACAUCAAGAUCUUUAUUUAGCAAUGACCAUACGAAGAUAGUAACAUUCCUUAGUACAUUUAAACCAUUAGUAUACCAAUGUGGUAAUACACCAUUGCUAUGUACUAAAACCUUAACAAUGCUAUAUCUGAUAUCCAAGUACUUAAUGAUUCUGGGAUACAUGUUGGCUUCCACUGGCUCAAACCAUGGAAUCGCGGCAUUGAGCUCCUGCACAGGCAGGCAGGGUUGCCUUGGGAACCAUGAGCGCGAAUAUUUUAAG